AUGGGUUCUAAACAAAUGACCCAAACAAUCUUUGAAUACAAGCUAAAGAGCCGCAACCCAAAAACACCACACUUCUAUGCAACCAUAUUUGUUGGGGUCCUCAUUUUCACUUUUGUUGAGAGCAUGUACUCAAAUUCCAAGAUCCAUUACUUCAACCUCAAAAGUCAUGUUACUGACACAGCACCACAAUUUGGAUAUUUAGAGAACAAUGUUGUGAUGGCAGAAGAACAGCAAUCUGAAGAAGCAGAAAACUAUGACCCUCUGAUUCCCCCUGACAAUGUUUCAAGAGAUGAAAGGAUUGAAUGGUUCAGAAGACAGCUCCCUGAGAUAGAGGUUCUAAAGUCAACAACAUUAUCACAACAAUUUCAUAGCAGAGUCUUCAAUUUCCUCAACAAAGGUUGUCCAGUGUUGCACCACAUCAUAUGGAUGUCCCCAGCAAGAUCCUUUGGCAAGAGAGAGUUUCUCACACUGGACUCAUUCUUUAAGGCCAAUCCGGAUGCAUGCUUGCUUAUUGUGUCCCGGUCCAUGGACUCGCCACGUGGAUACGCAAUCUUGAAGUCACUGCUCGACCGGGGGUUCAAAAUCCAGGCCGUGACGCCGGAUUUGCCUUUUUUGGUUAAGGACACCCCGGCUGAGCCGUGGCUUGAACAGAUCAAUAGUGGCACUAAAGAUCCAGGAUAUGUACCAUUGUCCAAUAAUUUGUCCAAUCUUAUCAGAUUAACAAUUUUAUACAAAUAUGGAGGAGUGUAUAUGGACACUGACCUUAUAGUACUAAGAGAUUUCUCUAAUUUGAGGAACACAAUUGGUGCACAAAGUUUAGACCCUGUGACUAGACAUUGGGUCAUAUUAAAUAACGGAGUUAUGAUUUUUGACAUUAACCAUCCAAUUUUGUUGGAGUUUAUGCAGGAGUUUGCAACAACUUUCAAUGGUAAUAAAUGGGGAUAUAAUGGGCCUCAAUUGGUUCAGCGGGUUAUAGAAAGAAUGGGAGGAACUGAAGGGUUUAAUCUUACAAUUUUGCCUCCUAGGGCAUUCUAUCCUGUGGAUAGGGUUAGGGCUUGGAGGUUUUUGAAGAAGCCACAAGAUGAAUCGGAAUCAAGGUGGGUGGAAAAUCAACUGAAUGAUUUGUCUGGUAGAGAGAUCUACAGUGUGCAUUUGUGGAACAAGAGAACAAAAGAUUUGGAGAUUGAAGAGGGAAGUGUUGUGGCUAAAUUGAUUUCGAAUCACUGUGUUGUUUGUGACGGGAUUAUAAAAGCUUAG